GAAUAGUUUAAAAUGAACAAACCUGAAAUUGAUAGUUAUGGGCAACUUGAGGAUGACCUCUAUAAUAACGAUUUAGAUCCCCAGUAUUCACAGCAAAACAAUCCUGGGCAAGGAAACCCGUUUGGGAGCCAAUCUCAACAGAACCAAAUUCCUAGAGGAUUCAGACAAAUGGAGCAAGAUCAUGAUCAAUACAAGCAGAUGAUGGAUGUGUUUAAGAAGGAUACAGCAAUGCUUAAUAAAAAGCCAAAGAAGAAGGAUCAUUUUCAAAAUGAUGAGAAUGACCCUUCUACCUACUCAAAAGCAGAAGAAAAUUUCAAUAUUGAUGAUGUUCCAAUUGGAUCAGCAGAGAAUAACUUUGGAAGCGCCAAACAGCCUCCUUCAAAUCCAAGUUCCAAUCCGAAAGCAAACAAAGCUCCAAAGAGGACUUUUCUGAAAAGGUCUGGAAAGAGUACUUUGCCUAAGAAGACAAAGAAAUAUACAUACUACGCCUCUAAUUUUAAACAGCCAGAGGAGAAAGACUUUGCUCCUAAAGAAAGUAGUAAGCCAAAGACUCUGAACAGGUCUGCUUCAGUUUCGCAUCAAAUCCAGCCUGCCAAGGUUGAAACCCCUGAAGAGAAAGAUGGCUACAACUCUGUGGAGGAAUUCGAGAAGCUUGAGGAGCAGUGCAUCAAUGAUACUAUCGAUGAAAAUCCCCAACAAAAGUCUAAAAUUGAAAAGAAAAAGCCACUUACUGCAAUGGAAAUGGUCGAAAAGAAAAUGAAGGAGCGAACCAAGAAAUUAUUUGAUGAUUUCGAAUCAGAUCAAAGUGAAAACAGUUCCGAAGAAGAGGUAGCUCCAAAGGUAACUCAGAAGCAAGGCAAGAAGAGUAAUGUUGUCAAGAGGAUGAUCUACAACGAAAAGUCUGAGACUGCUCCAAAGCCUAAACCACAGAAGCAGGAGGGUAUUCCAAAGGAACUUGAGGAAAUCCUGAACCAGAAAAAGAGAGAACUAGACUUUGUCAUCCAGAACUACAAGCGAGAAUAUGAUAUGUGGUGUAAAUCUGAGAAGGAGUACUCCAAACUUCUCAAUGAGUACAACCGCAACAGCCGUCUUAGCGCCAGAGAGGUUGAGAAAAUGAAAGAAGAGGUGGAUAAAAGGAUUGAAGAAGAGCGCAACAAGCUCAAGAGAGAUAAGCGAGUCGCCGAGAGACAGAACAAAACAAUGAAAAAUCUCCCAAAUCGUAGAGAGCGAGAAGAAAUUGAAGCAUUGAAUAAAGAAUUGAAGAAAUUGAACGAAAAUAUCAAAAUUAAAGACCAAAGACAUAAGUUGAAUAUUGAGAGGCUAAAGAAGCAAGUCAAUGAAAGUAAGAAGAGAAAUGAUGAGCUGAUGGAAGAACGCGAUAAUGUCCACCAAGCCCUUCAGAGUUUGGAUUACCAAGAAGACCAAGAACAUGGGGACGAUAGGGAUGAUUAUAAUGAAGAGAGAAAAGAUCAAAAAUUUGGCGGUUCAAAUAAGAAUCAAAAUGGGAAUGAUAAAAAGCAAAUCAAUUUUUAUGAGCAGGUAAAUGAAGAAAGUAAAGGUAGUGAAGCUCAAGAUUAUGACUCUACCAGUCAUUCUCCUCAUUUCGGAUCUCAAAAAUUUGAUUUUGAAGAUCAAAAAGUAUCCAAAGCUCAAGAGACUUCUAAUUUUGCAAGACCAAUAUACCUCAAAACCCUACAUGAAAAACCUUCUUAUGAGGAGGCAAACAGCUCUUCCCCUAGAGAUGACGCUGAAGAAGAAGAGGAUGCACAGGAAGAUCAUCAGUCAGAUAAUACUCCUGAGUUCGAGUAUGACUCUAACACUUAUGAAAUGAGGCUAUCCCCUCAAUACCACAACAAUGAUGAGGAUAAUUGAACCGUCGUCCAAGAGAACACCAGUGCUGAUGGUAAGAUCGUCAGAUGGUAUGCCAAUAAUAAGAAAGAAGUAAUUUUCAAAUAAAGGUGUCAGGAAGGAAAUCUUCCCAGAUGGAUAUACUAUAGUCUACUUCAAAAACAAAGAUGUUAAACAGACCUAUCCUGAUGGCACAGUGGUAUAUUAUUUUGACGAGGCUAAGACAACCCAGACAACCGAUGUAGAAGGAACUCAUAUUUAUAAAUUCGAGAAUGAGCAGAUUGAAAAGCACUAUCAGGAUGGGUCUAAGGAGAUACAGUUCCCUGAUGGAAUAAUUAAAUGAAUAUACACAGAUGGCUCUGAAGAAUGAGUCUACCCAGAUGGCUCAAUUCAGACAACUUCAAAGGAAGGAGUCAAAUCAAGAAGAUAUUAAGCA